GGUGGGGUCCGCCUCUCCUACUUCCACGCGCGCCGGCGCGCGCCACCCGCCCUCACACGGCUGCCCGCGCGCCCUGCCGUUUCUUUCAUCUCUCCGCGCCAGCCGGCAGCUGCUCGCCAAGCCUGCGGCCAGGGCCCUGGCGUGCGGCGUGGGCCUCGGCGGGGCCCAGCGCCCCGGCCUGGGAGGAUGCAGCCCGGGGUGGCCCGGGAGCUGAACAGGGCCCCCGCGCCAGCCCCCGCGGACCCCGGCCUCUGGAGCCCUAGCCGCGGCUCUGCCCCCGAGAGACAUGACUUCCAAGCCGCAUUCCGACUGGAUUCCCUACAGUGUCUUAGAUGAUGAGGGCAGCAACCUCAGGCAGCAGAAGCUUGACCGGCAGCGGGCCCUGCUGGAGCAGAAGCAGAAGAAGAAGCGCCAGGAGCCCCUGAUGGUGCAGGCCAAUGCCGACGGGCGGCCCCGGAGUCGGCGGGCCCGGCAGUCGGAGGAGCAAGCCCCCCUGGUGGAGUCCUACCUCAGCAGCAGCGGCAGCACCAGCUACCAAGUUCAAGAGGCUGACUCACUUGCUAGUGUGCAGCUGGGAGCCACCCGCUCAACGGCACCAGCUUCAGCCAAGAGAACCAAGGCAGCAGCAGCCACGGGGGGCCAGGGCGGGGCCUCGAGGAAGGAGAAGAAGGGGAAGCAUAAAGGCACCGGCGGGCCAGUGGCUCUGGCAGAAGACAAGUCUGAGGCCCGAGGCCCAGUGCAGAUCCUGACUGUGGGCCAGUUGGACCACGCCCAGGACGCGGGGGAGACAGCAGCUGGUGGGGGCGCACAGCCCCGCGGGCAGGACCUCCGUGCCACGAUGCUGAGGAAGGGUGAGCCCUGUGGGGGUCCAGCGACACCCCCAAAGCUCAGUCCCAGGUUCUCAGGUGUCUCCAGCAGCAUGAGCUUUGAGGAGGAGGAGGACGAUGAAGACGAGAACAGCUCCAGCUCCUCCCAGCUAAACAGCAACACCCGCCCCAGCUCCGCUACUAGCAAGAAGUCCACCAGGGAGGCAGCCUCGGCCCCCAGCCCAACAGCCCCAGAGCCUUCAGUGGAAAUUGAGGUCCAGGAUCUUGAGGAGUUUGCACUGAGGCCGGCCCCCCAGGGCAUCACCAUCAAGUGCCGCAUCACGCGGGACAAGAAGGGGAUGGACCGAGGGAUGUACCCCACCUACUUCCUGCACCUGGACCGAGAGGACGGGAAGAAGGUGUUCCUCCUGGCGGGAAGGAAAAGAAAGAAGAGUAAAACUUCCAAUUACCUCAUCUCCGUGGACCCAACAGACUUGUCUCGAGGAGGGGACAGCUACGUGGGGAAACUGCGGUCCAACCUCAUGGGCACUAAGUUCACUGUGUAUGACAAUGGGGUCAACCCUCAGAAGGCACCUUCUCCUCUGGAAAGCGGAACUUUUCGUCAGGAGCUGGCAGCUGUGUGUUACGAGACGAACGUCCUGGGUUUCAAGGGGCCGCGGAAGAUGAGUGUGAUUGUCCCCGGCAUGAACAUGGUCCACGAGAGAGUCUGCAUCCGGCCCCGAAACGAGCACGAGACACUGCUAGCGCGCUGGCAGAAUAAGCACACGGAGACCAUCAUCGAGCUCCAGAACAAGACGCCCGUCUGGAAUGACGACACUCAGUCCUACGUACUCAACUUCCACGGGCGCGUCACACAGGCCUCCGUAAAGAACUUCCAGAUCAUCCAUGGCAAUGACCCGGACUACAUCGUGAUGCAGUUCGGCCGUGUGGCAGAGGACGUGUUCACCAUGGACUACAACUACCCGCUGUGCGCGCUGCAGGCCUUCGCCAUUGCCCUGUCCAGCUUCGACAGCAAGCUGGCCUGUGAAUAGAGGCCUCCGUGGGCCCUUGGGGUUGCCCAGCCUGGAGCGGAGCUGCCUGCCCAUGGAGGCAGCCCUGCCUACCCCCUGUACAUAGGCCUCCUGCCAGAUGAACCUUUGGCUCUCAGCGGCUCGGCUCCCUGGCUGGGCCAGCCAGGAACGGGCUCCUUUGCUUCGGCAGAGGAGUGGGGGUGUGUAAAGGGACCAGACUGAAUUCUUUCUGCGCCCCGAGAGCAACACACCCACUCUCGGGUUGGCACGCUGCUGCAGUUGCCUUUGCCAAGCUGGGCAGCCUCUUCAGCUGGGAAGGCAGGAAGAGGUGUGGAGAGAGAGAGGAAGCACAAGACAGGGCUGCUGUGACCCAGCCCCAAAGUCAGAUGACGAUGGACCCCUGACAGGGGCACAGUGUGUUUGUGUGUUGGAGGGCACACCACCUUCACACAGCAGAGGGUGUGGUAGCCAAGCCUGGCCGUCAUCUGCAGAAAGUCCUGAUUCAGGAGGCCUCAGCCAGGCCUGGGUGAGGUUGCUGGGGUGGGGGGAGUGAGUGGCAGGACCUUGUUCGGAUCCUAGGGGCCUGGCUGUGGGAAUUGGCUGGUGGCCAAGGCUGUAGCUCAUGUGAUUUCACUAGGUUUUCUCUCUGGGAGGAGGCAGGAGGCAGCAGGAGGCCGGCCCUCAAGGCCAGAUGUCUUUAGAGGAUGGGGCCUGCAAGACACAGGCUCAGCAUGCAGGAGGCACGUGGCUGAGCAUGGAGCAGGUGUCCAGGAUCAGGCUGUCUGGGGAGCCCUAUCAGCUGCCCCAGCCUCUGCACAGGAAACAUGUGUGGGGCCUGGUCACCAGCCCUGGACUGCACGCAGGGAGGCUGGUGGGCUGCAGCUGCUCCUGCCACAGCCAAUGUAGGUCAUGGCUGCUGAGGCUUCUUGGGCCUUCUUGGGAAGGAAUUGGGUAGGAUGAGGAAAGCAGGACUGUUUCAGAACCACAGAGAUCAGAGGUGGCAGGACCCUUAGAGAUGAACUAGUACAGCUCUAUCACCUUAUGCAAAUCACUCAGAAAAUGGUACUUGCUCUGGGUCACCUGGCUGGUUAGUGGCAGAGAAGAGAACUUUUUAGCUCACUGGAUUUCUUUGUUCCCCCCUCCCCCACGAAGCCCCUCUCUGUGGCUUUUGGGACUUCCUGAGGCCCAGUCCAAAUGCCCUCAUCCCUUGGCCCGAGUCCAAACCAUUUCUGUAGGAGGUUGAGCAGUUCCCCGCCGAAGGCCACCUGGCUCUUGCGCUGAUGAGGACUGACCCCUGUGUGGCCCCCCAGAGCACAGGCCCAGCCAGGCUGCUCCAGGGUGGGGCCUGAACUCUCCCUCCCAAGCUGUCCUUCUCCCUGACUGGGGAGGUUUCCUCUCGUGUUGUCCUUUACCCUGGGGGAGGCUGCUUGCCCAGAUGGAGACCAGAAACCCAUGGCAAGCAAGCAGGAGUUGUUCUCGCUUCAGAGUAGAUGUGCCUGGAGAGGCUGUGUAGCAAGUGAGACAUGAAAGUCAUACUUAAACCUGCAGGCGAGGCUCUGUAGUGAGGUGAAGCUGUUUCGACAUAAGUGGAAGUAGUCUGCUCGCAGUCCCUCGCAGUCCAGGGUGUCCUGUGCUGGGCGCUUAGAGCAAGGCGCGCGCCUCCCAACACUGGCCUGCCCACACCUCCGGUGAUCUCACUUUUGUUGGCGUGGUCUAGUUUCUAGGCAGCUCUUUCCUUGGGAUCAUUUUGAGGGCUCUAGAACUUUCCAUGCAGGGCUGGCCCACCUCCCAGGAAGUACUGUGGGCCCACCCUUGUCCCCAAAGUCCCAGUUUGGCUCUUCCCUUUCCUGCCUGCUGACAUUUGGGAUUACAGAAACCAGGUUAUCUCUGAUGUUGGGCCACAGUGUCCCUCUGGGCCUGUGACUUCAAGGUUUGCCUUCCAGGGAGACUGGGGAUCCUGGAGGCAGAGUGGGAACAUCAGAAGCACAAUGACAAGCUUCCGUCUCCUGCCUUCUCCUCUGGUCCACAGGAGGGGCUGGCUGGGUAUUUUGGCAGGAUUAGGGAUGUGCGCUGAGCUUUCCAGCCUGGCUGUGGAGGGCAGCUCAACAACAAAACCAUCUGUUGGGCACUGAAUGAGAAGCAGGAGCGGCUGAAGCUGGGUCUCACCUGCUAGAGACCCAGCCUCAUGAAGUCUGUCCCGACAAUCCCAUUCCUGCUGACACUGGUCUCCCUUGACCACUGGCCUCACAGCUAUGGGCCCAAAGACUCAAAGCUCCCAGGGACCCUGGAGCCCACGUGGGCUCAGCCUCUCCCACAGGAAGAGGUCUUUGCUGGUCAGAGAACGAGAGUAGAGUGAGCCGUCCCUUGGGGUGUUGGCAGGUGGGACCUCAGGCAGCUCUUCUGUGACUGCUCCUGGGGCCACGCGGGAAAUCCCGACACGCUCUGCCCUGAACGGUCCUUGUGCAGAGUGGUGAAGCUCACCUCCCUGAUCAUCUUUUUCUUCUGGCUCCAAGGUGCUCUGUGUGUCUGCAUCUCUGUGUCCGUGUGUAUUUGGGGAAAGGGCAACCUGCAAACAGUCAGCUGAGGUUUGUUUUGACGAUCACGUUUCCGAGAACGAAGAGGAAAGGUGUGAGGUGUACCUGUGUUUCAUUCUGUCCGUGCUCUCCGGUGAGAGAGUGACCUCGCCCCCAGGGUUCUGAUGCGAAGGAUGCCGUCUGAGGAGGUUGUUGAUCACUUCCCGUUCCGCGUCACCCGAGGAAAUCCGUGUGUUGAGUGCAUGCCUUUGGACGAAUAUGAACACACUCUGGUGAAUGUGCCUUAAAAAUCAUGACACUCGUUCAAAGAAGCGUGCAAGGUCCAGGCCCAUGUGAGGACAGGUGUCGGAAUCCAGGGAGUGUGGCGAUCGCAGGCUAGAAGGGAACCUCCGGAACCCGCUCCUCUAGUGACAAAGAGGGCAAGAAAUUUGCAGAGGCAGAAGGUUUUCUUUGUUCUAGACAUAGCAGGCAUUUGCCUCCAAUUUGGAGGAAGUUCUGAAUUUAACAAGCGAUGGUGGUAACAUCACUAAGAGGUCCCUACUCCCCUCACAGUGGGGUCUGAGGGAGGGGCGGCCACUUACCGAAAGCACAAGCCCACCUCCCGAUGGAGUCCCGGCUUUCCCUCUCGAGAAAGCCUCACCCGGGUCAAGACACGGUUGUGAUCUCAGGCUGCCAGGUGGCCCUCUGCACACCUCUGCGGGUAGAGGAGUCUCUCUCAUGGUGCCCAGCAAGAAGGGAGCCAGACUGCCCUACCCCAGGCCCUGGCUGGCUGAACAGUAGCAGCCUGGGAACGGGCCAAAGGACAGGCUCUUGUCUGAGUUUACUCAACACCGGUCCUCCCCCAUGUCCAGUGUGUGGUGUUCAGCCGUCUCAGGAUGCGGGGGGAGGCAGAGCAGAAGUGUUGGGGCAGGUUUGGUUUUUCUCACGAAAAUUAGUCCUGUACGCAGUGGCCACGGGAUUUGGCGCACACCACGUAACAUUUCUAGGUCUGUUUUCUCAUCCACAGAACAAGGGGCAGACUGUCAGAGCCUGCGGGAGGGUCAGGCUGGAGGAACGCGGACCCUGCUUUCAUCACUACCUUUUCUAGCUCGUCACUGUGCCUUUUUUCUUUCCCCUUCUGUUCCACGCCCCCCGCCCCCCUUCUCCCACCAAGGUCCAGGCAGAGCUGGCGUCAGGCCGAGAUCCAAAUCCAGAGUUUCCUAGGGAGUAAUUAAGGGUGGCUCAGAAAGGGAAGCCCAACUCAGCUUUUUACCUGCUUCUGGUAAUGAGGGGCCUUGGUUGGGGUGGGUGACACCUCUUUUGCUGAGAACAUGCGUGUAGCCAGUUUUCUCAAUGCUUAGGAUGUGUGUGUCUAUUUGCACAAGACUGUCUUUCCCUAUUUCGGAGUGGUCAGACAUUUUAUUUUUGUUCAAAGUCCUCUGGAGUUUUAGAUGAACUUGCAAAAUUGUGCUUUUAUUGACUUUUUGAAUAAACUCUUUGGUAUUCGGGAUCAAUGUAUUUAUUUACUGGUAUGUGCAAUGACAAAGUCGGUAUUUUCCCAUGCUGACGUUAUGUACGUUGUGUAACUUAAGUGUUUGUCUAAAGUACAGACCAUCUAUCAACAAAUUAAACUUGAACUGUUUCAACACUA